CAUGGAUUUGUUAUUAAAUUCCCACUUGGUUGUAUCAUUUAUGUACAAUGAUUAGACGUAAAAUAAUCUCGCUGUGCCGAUCCAACUACAGUAGACUAUGUUCUUCCAUGACCCAGCCAGAUAUCGAUCUAGGAUACUACUGUGAUGUAAGCAACUCCUCCGAGGUUAAGCGAAACAUAACUUCAAGGAAAGGUGUUGGAAAUAUAGAUCGCGUGUUAGAUAUUUAUAAUCGCCUGAAAAUUAUAGAUGUGGCCGAUGAAGCUCACGACACUUUAAAACAGGAGUUGUAUAGGGAGCUUAGUAAAUUGCCAAAUAAAACUCACCCCUCAGUUCAAGGAUAUAAAGAGGACCCUAUAUUAGUACAUGAGCUGAAUAAGAAGCGUGACUUUGGGAAACACUCCCCACUUGAAUUCAGUGAAAUUACACGCCUCAUGAACCUUAUGAGGACAGAUAAGUUAGGUCAAACUUGUGGACACAAGAGUUAUUAUUUCCUCGGUGAACUAGCUGAAUUAGAGGAAGCAUUGAUCAAAUAUGCAGUUACAUACUUGGUUAAGGAGAAUUUUAAACUAGUUUCUGUUCCUGAUAUCUUACCAAAGAAUGUUUUGGAAAGCUGUGGCAUGACAAUAAAUAGUGAUAGGACACAGAUAUACUCCUUAGAUCCAAUUCAUCAUGGCCCAGACUUAUAUCUGUCAGGCACUGCAGAAAUGUCACUGGCAGGGUUGCUCAUGAACUCUGUCCACUCUGGCAUAGACCUUCCUCUGAAGUUGGCAGCCGUAAGCCGAUGUUUCCGGGCUGAGACUUCCAGCAUCAUAGAUGAGCGGGGAGUGUAUAGAGUACACCAGUUUACCAAAGUGGAAAUGUUUGCUGUUACCACGCCACAGCAGUCGGAGGAGAUGCUUGAAUACAUCAGGACCCUGCAGGAACAAAUGUUUGUACCCCUGGGAUUCAACAUGAAAGUGUUAGAUAUGCCACCACAUGAGUUGGGAGCUCCUGCAUAUAGAAAAUAUGAUAUUGAAGCCUGGAUGCCAGGUCGAGGCAAUUACGGAGAAGUUUCUAGUUGCAGCAACUGUACAGAUUACCAGUCAAGAAGACUUAACAUCAGAUACAAACAGGACGGCAAAACACACUAUGUGCACACAUUAAACGGGACAGCAUGUGCAAUACCAAGGAUGCUGAUCACUUUACUUGAAACACACCAAGACCCAAAAGGCAAAAUUUUCAUCCCUGAAGCUCUUCAGCCUUUUAUGAAUGGAAAGAAAUAUAUAACAAAGAAUAGUGCAAUACCAGAUUUAAAGUUGACAAAGAAAAUAAAAUAAUAAUAUUUUUA